ACAUAAUUCGCAGUCAAGAGAAUUAACAUGAGGUUUGCUUUUCAGAUCUCCCUCGAACCAAAACAAAAACAGCAUCAAUAAUUGUCGGACAAAAGAAGAAAGGUAUAAAUAAAACCAAAGAAACACAAACUCAGUAAAAAAAAAAAAAAGAGAGGGAGAGAGAGAGAAAAAAAAGAAAACCUCCGCCAAAAAGAAGAAAAUCAAAAAUACCGAAAGAUCGAAAAUCCAAACUGAUGUGCGAAUAACAGCAGCAUGGACGUGUACACAGUGGAGGAACACGGCGAGUCGAGUGCGGGCAGAGGAGGGCGGGAGAGCUCGGCCGAAAGACGCACUCGACUCCUGAGACAGGGCCUUAAGAUGUUCAUGUGCAGCUUGGCCAUGUGGACAAUGGGCUCGAUGUAUGUGUUCCCUUCGGUUCUGGCGCACGACCUGGCGGCCCACAACACGACGAUCUACGGGUCUCCCAUCACCCUCACGAGUUCGCAGGUCGACAUGGCAGGCAGCCUAGUGAUGCUGGGCUCGACGGUGGGCGCGUGGGUCGUGGCGCCGCUGAUGAUGCGUCUCGGGCGGCGGGCGUGCAUCCUCGGGUCUGGCUCCACGGCGGUGCUGGGCUGGCUCGGAGUGGCACUGCUGCCCGAGCCCGUUGGCAUUCUGGUGGCACGCGGUCUCUCGGGAAUGGCGGCCGGCGGGCUCUCGCUCGUGGCCAACAGCUACGGCAUAGAGCUGGCGGACCCCGAGGUGCGCGGUAUGAUGGCCAUGGUGCUCAACCUCGGCAUUUUGCUAGGCCAAGUGGUGACAGUGAGCGUGGGAUACGACGCGCGCUACUUCAUCGUUGCACUGGUGGACAUGGCACUCCCGCUGGCUCUCCUACUCUCCCUCUUCCAUCUUCCAGAGAGCCCUCCUUACCUCGUGCUCAAAGGACGCGAGGGCGAAGCGCGCGAAGUCCUCCUGGAUCUUCGAGGGCGAUGUGCUGACCUCGAGGGCGAAAUCCAGAGCUACAAAGACCUCAACCGCACCAGCGAGAGCAAGGGGGUGUGGCGUGACCUCCUUCGACCCGAGGUGCUCAAGGACCUGGCUGUCGUCUCGACCUUGUUUAUACUCAUGUAUUUUACAGGUUACCAGGUGAUCAGUGCGAACACUUCGAGAAUGUUCGAGGCGGCGGGGUCCAGCCUCGAUGACAGUCUGGCCACCAUUAUUGUUAAUGUCGUGCAGGUCGCCGCCGCCGUCGCCGCCUCCCUCCUGAUGGACCGCCUCGGGCGCCGCCGCAGCACGAUGCUCUCGUACGGCGUGAUGUGCGCGGCGCUGGGCGGCCUGGCCGUGUACCUGCUGGCGGCGGGGGAGCAGGACCCGCGGCCCCUGGCGUGGGUCCCCCUGGUGUGCCUCAUGGUCACGCAGGGCGCCGUCACCGUCGGGGUGAAUCCGGUUCCAUUCAUCCUGAGCAGCGAGUACUUCCCCACCCGCAUCCGGGCCUGG